AUGAAUCUGGCCUUGGGUAAUCAACAUGGUACUCCUGAAGACAAGAAAAAAUCUAAAACAACCAGAUUCAUACGAGAGAAGAAGAAGGAAAAAGGAGGAGAGAAACAAACCGACAAAGAGAAUAAUCAAUGGCUGAAAAUAGUCAGCCGCGUAAAAAGAAACACAAAAAUUGCAGAAGCGAAACAAAAAAGAAUUGAUAAUAAUGGAGGAAAAAGAAAACAAUCUAUCCAAUCUUCUAAUAAUAAGAAGAGGAGGAAGAAUAAGAAAGAUGAGAAACACAGUGGACCUCGUUUACCAAAUCAACUCAGAAAACAAAUUAAAUUCUUAAACCAUAAUAAUAAACCUAUUCAUUCAGAUGAUGAAGAUGGAGGUUUACAUAUCAAUUAUGAUCUCUACGAGUACGAAGAAGUUAUCCCUGAAGAAGAAUCUAAAAAGAAUCGGAGAUUUGAUCCUGUUGAUAGUCUCGAAUAUCAACUUCCUGAAGAGUUUAAGGAUGAGAAUAUACUAUCAGAUGACGAAGAUGGGGAUGAUAAUGAUGGAAGUAGAGGAAUUGAGGAUUCUGAACAGGAGGAUGAAAACCAUGCUAGGAUGUUGCAAAGAAUCACUGGAAUGCCAUCCAAGGCGUUUGACUUGAUUAAAUUUGCAUUUUGGUUAGUGAGGUAUACCCUGGAUGAAGGAACUAGAGUUGCUAUCUCUAAUCAGCUUAAUCAACAUGCAGUUCUGACCAGAAAAAUUAACAAUAUGAAGGACAGUAGUAGUAGUAGUGAUGUUGAGGACGAUGACGAUCUUGAAGCUGUCGCAGAACAGGACGGGCCUUUGAAAUUGUUGACCAGAGCAAAAGAGAAAACCCUCAAAAUUAUAGAAGAGGAGGAUGAAGCAGCAACAUCAGGAGUGCUUUCCUUACCUUUCAUGGUUCGUGGAAAUGAAAGGAGAAAAAGGGAAGUUAAUGAAGAAGCUAAGCUUGCACUUAAAGAGUAUGACUCAUCGUUGAUGGAGCUGCAUUCGGAUGAAGCAGAACGUUCGAAGAAAGCAGCGUCAAGUGGUAGACGGGUUUUCAGCACAGCAGCUAAAAAUCAGGCUGAUGAAAUGAGUAGUAAGUUUAAAUCAAAUAUGGUGGAUAGGGAUAGGGGUAGUGACAGUGAAGAGGAAUUUGCAUCAAAAGGUUUUGGUGAUGCUGUAUCCGACAGAAAUACGGUCGUUUCACAGAAAACUGUUCAAAUAGAUCCUAGUGGUGUACUUGGUGGAAGUUUUAACACUGGCCAAAAACCUCUUUCUAAGAUGAAGAGUGAACAUAAGAAGUCCAGUGCCGAGAAAAAGAACUCAAUGGUGGUACACCCUGCUUUGCCACUUAAAGAGACCAAGGAGGAAGACGAGGAUAAUGGUAGUGAGAGUGGUGAAGAUAUGGUGGAUGGAAUUCUUACUUCUGGUACUAAGCAAGAUUAUAAACUUCCGUCUCAGGCAGACCUUAUACACAAUGCUUUUGCUGGUGAUGAUGUGGAGGAAGAGUUUGAGAAGGAAAAAUUAGAAGCUCUGAAUGAGGAAAACCCUGAGCUUGAGAAGCCGACUCUAGUUCCAGGCUGGGGUCAGUGGACUCAUAUCCAAAAGAAGAAAGGUUUAAUUUCUUGGGUGGUCAAAGAGCAUGCAAUUGCACAAAAGAAAAGGGAAAAUGCGCUUAAAGAGAGAAAGGAUUCGCAUCUUAAGCACGCUAUUAUUUCUGAGAGGCUUGACAAAAAGGCUGAGAAGAUACGUACAGCGACAGUGCCGCAUCCAUACACAUCCAUUGAAGAUUAUGAAAAAACUCUUCUUGUGCCUCUUGGACCCGAAUUUAACCCAGCCACAAAAGUUGGAGCACUUAUCCGGCCUGAAGUGGUACAGAAACCAGGUGUAAUUAUAAAGCCCAUAGAGUAUGAAGAAGUGGAUCCCCGUGAAAAAUCAGAGCUCAAGGGAAAAGGGAAGACACAGCCGAAGAAGAAUAAAUCUGACAAUGGCAAAAGUGUUCGUAAGACUAAAAAAUUAAAGACAAAAACCUUGCUGUAACUAUGUUUUCCUUCUAUUUCCGGUUACAUGAUCAUUGUGAUUGCUUGUUUUACUUGUAUUUGUAUUCAUCUAAACCUAUUUUCAUUUUAGAGUAGCUUGGUCUUC